AUGGCACUUUCCUCGGAUUUCAGCAACUAUGACAAUUACUACGAAGCAUUCUUUGAAACAUACGAUAAGUUCAUUGAACGAAAUGAAAAUAAUUAUCACCUUCAACUGAUUACAAUUGAAGAAACCUUUAAUGUAUUUAGUAUCAUAGAUUUAGAGAAGGAGUACAUUAAAAAUAUGAUUAUAGAAAUAGGAAAAACCCUUGGAACAGAAAUGUAUGGAUUACACUACUUUAUGUUUACAAGUAUCAUCAAGAAUAUAUGCAAAUUUUUCUGGAAUGUCUCACUGAUUAAAAUGAUUGUUUCGAAUAAUGAUUACAUUUCAGAAUCAUACGAAUACAAAGAACUUGCGAAAGACUUCGAAUUUAUAUGGGAUGUAAUGUCAAAUCUUUGUUCCAAAUACGACAAUAAAACUAAUUUUAAAACCACCCAAGAAGACUAUGAAAUCGCGUGUGAAAUGUUCUUCAAGCUGUCUCAAUACACUACAACGCUUCUGGAUAUAUACAAAAGAAAGACAAAGGAACACAUUGCAAGAAAUACAAUAAUCAUACGUGACGAAUCCCCGAACGAAACACACAUAAUUGGAAAGAAUUAA